AGAACGUGGGAACGUGGCAGUCCGUGGCACGGCCACCGAUGCGCAGCCGUCACAUCACCCUCCAACAAAGAUCAUCAAAACUCGUUCCCGUUCCGGCGCCUGCUCUCUGCCCAAUAUAUGUUGAUUGAUCUCGAGCCGAAACUAGGCUCAAAACACCCGAAUGCCCCCUCCCAAGCUCCCAUGGAUGUCGAAAGCUGAUUCCGCUGGACAUGGGCCAGCAUGCGACCACUGGCCACACAGCCAACUCCGUGGAUGGACACGGCGCCAGGCGAUCUAUAAUCUAUGGACUGCAACACGGAGGGCAGGAUCUGUUCGACCGCGCUGGUAUCUGGUGGAACAACAUCGCGGGAUCUCCCUGAUUGAAAAUGACCGCCUCUUCACAUCAAGUCUACCGCGAAUCAGCGCGCUAUUCCCCCCUUGCUCUCUCUGUCUCCAGUUCUGCUCGCCCAGGCGUCAGCGGGACACACCCAUGUCCAACUUCACCAUCGACAACAUCAAUCCGCGCAUCCAGUACACCCCGCCUGGCGUGUGGACCGAAGGAACGAAUGCCAACGAUCCUUUGGCCGGGAAUUAUUCCAAUGGCACUUUUACCUUGUGCACAACGAGGGGGGGCACCGCGACGUUCUCGUUCAACGGAACCCAGGUGUGGGUCGGUGGAGCGAAGCGACCGAAUCACGGCCCGUACUCGGUGAAUCUGGACGGUGUCACGCAGACGAUCGACGGUUUCUCGCCAAACGACAUCUUCUCCGGCCUCUUCGUGUCGAAUGUGCUGCCGGAAGGCCUUCACACGGUCUCCAUUACUAACGAGCUGACGAACUCCACGAGGCCGUACCUUGACAUCGACUACAUCACUUGGACCUCGUCCUUGACGCCGUCGGCGUACGACAGCGCUCCCACAGUCGAGGACACGAGCAAUCUGUUUUCCUUCACCCCGGCUGCGGCAUGGACGAGCCAGCUGGCGCCAUCGCUGACCGGGUUCAGCGGAAGCAGCGGGCACCAGACCACAUCUAACGAAGCUUCUGCUUCCUUGUCAUUCACCGUGGGUACCGAGACCUCUACCGUUUUCUGUGAGCGCCGACUCCUCCCGCAGGGCAGCUUCGUGUCGGUGUUUGGAGCGUUGGGGCCUCUGAUGGCGCCGUACGGCGUGCUUCUGGACGGCGUGCCCCAGGGGACGUUCAACGCUACGAAACAGACGUACUAUAAUAUGGUUGAGCUGUUCUACGCGGACAAUCUCGCGUCCGGGGACCAUGUCGUGCAAUUCGUGGCUACCCCUGCUGCGCCCGGGCAGAUAUUCGCGCUGGACUUUGCCAAGGUUCCGCAUGCCUCGGUUGGUGGGUCGAAGACGAGCUCGGGGUCAACGGCAGGUCCGACUGGGACUGGCUCAACCAAUAACUCCACCUCGUCACAGCCAACCAAGACCGCCCCCAUCGCUGGGGGUGUCGUCGGUGGGGUGGCCGUUCUAGUGAUAUUGUUACUCCUGUUUCUAUUCCUUCGCAGGAAGCGGCAGGGUUCUCUUGAAUACACGAUCGAGGAGUUCCGAUACGCCCCGGCGACCCACGACAACAUGAAUCACGUAGGACCCGAUCCGUACCAGUCAUACUAUCGAUCGGCUCUCGUUGGAUCGCACUCCCAGCACUCGCACUCCGCAUUUACGGAGACGGUCACAAGCAACCCCUGGCCUGCGUCUAAUGCCAGUCCCUCGCCGGCCGAGAGGGACGUCUCCCGAUGCGGGUUGUGCACCGUGGCCCACACUGGGGACCACCCGAGCAGUGCCGGUCAAUCCUCAACUGCCUCUGCCUCCGCCCCCAAGGGCCGCUGGACCUCAAAGCACACCGCGGCAACGUCCGCUGGUGCAGCCGGCCUCGGCGCCAGGGUCAACGGCAAAGGCAGGCCGGUGGUGCCGCUGCCCCCGAGUGCGCAUGCCCCGCUGCCGGCGGGCGCCUCGCGGAUGGUCGUGGAGGGCAGGGCGCAGGAUAUGGGCUCCCUGUCGCAUGGUUUGGGGCUUCUGCCACCGGAUUACACGCAGGCGACGCGGGCGUACUAUCCUCCAUGAUAUCCUUUUGUAGAUCACUAUUGGGCAUGCGAUCGAUACAGGUUUCCCGUCUCAUUGGAGGAUAUCAGGGAGUCGAAGAUGCAUCAAAAAUGCGUGUUGGUCGCACUCUGGCUCGGGUGCUAUCCUUGGCGUCGUGUUCUACGCGGAACUUGAACGAGACAAGGCUGUGUGUGUCUAUCUUCUGGGCUCUCUGCAAGAAUGAUCUUUUAUCGUGAGAAUCGUGACCCGAACCACCCCAUGAAAUCCUGUUCCCAGCACAGAGAGCCAACGAGUAGCUUCACAACCGGGAUCACAGAUGGGCCUGGGGUUUUAUCAGCAUUACGUCGACCUGGCGAUCCCAACAACCUCAAAUCAGUCCCCAAAUAAGCAAGUCUGUUGCGGAUGAUGUCUUCAUCAGAGUAUAAGAGCUGGCAUGGCACUCCCCCUCGAGUCGCUCAGGGCUUUCUACCUUCUGUAACCGCGACUUCAUGGCUGUGCCAGGUGCGCAGGCUUAUCAAGAAUACGAGCAGGCCGUGGCUUCUGGGACCCAUUUUAGUGGCAUGUCUGGCCUUGCUGACCUACGACACUCUUUUAAAUAUCCCCGACGAACACAAACAUAUCUGGAAGUCGAAAUGGACCGUUAUCAAGGCCCUGUAUCUAUGGACCAGAUACGCUACAUUCGUGGAUACCACAUUGGCUGUAUACGCACGGGUGAACUUGGGGAUCAGCCACCCAACCUGCUCCUUCAUUCUAACAUUCAAUACCUUUUUCUCCGGUAUCGGGAUCGGGCUCAUUGAAGGUCUGGUGCCUGUUUCGCAGCCGUGGGUAGUGACACGUGACUGAAAUCGGCGCGGCGCGAACGGAAAGUCGUGCUUAUGAUGCGCACCUAUGCGAUCUACGGGAGACCGAAGAAAUUGCUGGUGUUAUUUGCGGCACUCUGGGUGGGAAUCGCAAGUAUUAGUUUGUGGGCUGUGUUUCAUUGGACGAGCAAUUUUGAUGCCGAAUCCGACCCAGUGGUAUCCCUGAGUGGUACCACGUCCAACUGCGGUGUUAUUGGCAACAAUAACCUGGGGUUGGUUGCCUAUGCGUCGAUUGCGGUCACUGAAACAGUCGUCGGACUGUUGACAAUAUGGCAUGCACUACGAAAGAGUGUAUUCUCACGCAGCGGCUCCGCCAUCUCGUAUUCAAAAGUGAUGAUCACGUUCUACCGCGAUGGAAUCAUGUUCUACGUAAUGAUGCUCUCGAUCUACUUCCUGGACAUCGGUCUCCAGCUCUCAACGGUCCCGGUCCCGUUGACGUUCAUCGCAGACACGUGAGAGAUCUAUAUGGACCCACGUGCCCUGUCGAAUUGUUUCUUACCGCUCCCUCAGCCCGCUGCGCGUGGUGCAUUCAAUUUCGGCGUGCCAGCUUAUCAUCCAUCUGCGUGAGAUUGGGUCGCAGGAGGAUGCGGAUGAAAUGCAGAUCUCCACUCCCUUGGUCUUCGCCAACUCGGCGCAGAACGUGUGAUGGAAAUCAGAAAACUGUCUACCUAGUUGACCUACGUGAUGUCACUGUGCGAUAAGUUGCCCGUGACCGCGUUCGACGUGUCAAUCGGCCUCAGAGACGAUCACACAGCUGUCAAGGCCUUUCUCUUCCACCGACGACUAACUUGUAUGCUUCCAAGUUCUCCCGAUCUUAUGUUUAUCAUGAUGGCUCUGGGCGCCGAUCGGCGGUUGCGCUACGCUCAUAUUCGAGUGCCGACCCUCUGCCUGACUCCCCACGCACACCAAACGGGCGAGGAAGCUGAAGUUGAGAGGGAGCAGUCUAUCAGGGACGGUGGAACGGACGAGGUUAUAAGAGAGACUCUUGUGAUGUUUCCAGCGCUUGGAUGACACCAGCGCGCGCGCUCGUGUCCACUUAUAGAACGCCACCCUUCUGGCGAUCUUCGCAACAACUCAAUCAAGACAGCUCCGUCUGCAGCCCAAAAGCGCGAGCGGCAUUGCGACGUUUCACUCUCCAUACUGUCCCUUCCCCUCCUGCUUCACUCACACACUCAUACACACUCUCUUUCUCUUCCUGUCUUCUCCGCACUCAGAUACACUCAUUCUCAGCUUUUUCGUUCUUCAAGCAAAAUGACACCCCCCGCGAAACCACAGCAGCAAUACACCCUUCCGCACGCGCUCCAGCCCGCAGUCCGACCGGCGGUCGACGUCAAGAUUCUCCCCGAGGUCUCGACGACCACAUUCGUCGCUUGGACCUUCGGCCGCGGCUCAGUGAUCUGGAAAAUCUGGCCGGCGGUCAUCUUCCACACGCUGUUCGCGGUGCUCGUGGUCUACUUCUGGGACCACAUGGGCCGCAAGCUUCAGAUCCCGAGCGUCCUGCUCACUGUGCUUGGUGUGGUCAUCGGUUUUGUUAUCUCGUACAGGUCAGUGGUAGUGAGCGCUCAUCGGCGGUGUGCUGACCGGCGUUUCCACAGAGCUAUGUCAGGUUCGCUCGAACGCGCCCGUUGUAUAUAUCACCUUGAUGAUUGACGACGGACGGUAUAGGCUACGACCGCUACUGGGCGGGCCGUUCCGCUUGGACCGACGUGAUCAAGAACUCCCGCAGCAUGGGCCGCCUGAUCUGGUAUCAUGUGCCGCCCCGGCUGACGCCCAAAACGAACGAGGAGACGCUGACGGGUAAGGUGAUCCGACCAGCGCAAGAGCUCAACAAGGUGAUGGCCGAGAAACGGAUGGCGUUGGACUUGUGUCUGGGAUUUGCUAUUGCGCUCAAGCACCACAUCCGUGGCGAAUUGGGUAUCUACUACGACGAUCUGUAUCACCUCGUUCGCCCCUUGCAUGAACACACUCACUCCUACCAGCAACAGCAAAAACACGCAGCCCGCGAAGCAGCGCUUGUCACCCCGCGCCCGAACGCGCGCAUGACCUCUCACUCUAAUCUGCCGAUGGCCACCAACUCCAACACCCCUCCACCUCCAUCGACCGCCUCCGGCCCGCCGAAGGGCGCCGCACUUCACCCCUCGGGCGGCGUGUACGGGACGUUCGGCGGCUCGCGCACCAGCUCGCACGCGUCCCUGCGAGACACGCUCCGCCAACAGUCCCGCAGCACGGACACCGUCGGCUCGCAGCACCACUCGCACCAGCCCCUGCUCCCCGGAGCCAACCCGAUGAACGAGGAGCCCGGCGUCGCGCGCGACCUCAUCCCGCUUGCGGGCGCGUUCUCUUCCAUCCGGCGCUGGUUCGGUGGGAUGUCUGUGUUCGGCAGGAAGCAGGAUCCCAUCAUCCCGCAAUACAACGAGGGCCCGCCGCCACGCAAAUGGGGCGGCCCUGUCCACCCUGACUUGAAGCUCCUCAAGCGCAAGGCCGAGCACGGGCCGAACCUGCCUGAGGAGAUCCUCCGGUGUCUGAGCGAGUGGACGAGUGUCCUCGAAGACCGAAACACCGUUCCUGGCGGAAGCUUGGGUGGGAUUAUGGGUGGUAUCGCGGCGUACGAAGCCAGUUUGGCCACAUUGGAGCAUAUCUUGACGACGCCUUUGCCUUUUGCCUUCUCGGUGCACAUCAGCACUGUCUGGCUCUACCUGUUCCUCCUCCCCAUCCAGCUCGUGAGCGACUUUGGCUGGCACACAGUCCCUGCGGUGUUUAUCGGCGCUUUCAUCUACCUCGGCUUCAUCGCCGCUGGCGACGAGAUCGAGCAGCCCUUUGGAUACGACGAGAACGAUCUGGAUCUCGACGUGUUCUGCCAGGACAUCAUCGCUCAGGACAUCGAGAGCCUCAAAUCCGCGCCCUGCCUCAACGCUUAUCUCCCCGAGCGCCCCGCGUUAGAGCGCCAUCGCUCGAUGACGCUCAUCGAGGCCUCGAACCAGGCUGAGUUCGAGGAUAUCAGCGAUGGGGAGGUUAUCGCGUCGACCUAUUGAGCUGUUUGGGAUGGAUGUGAUUUGUAUGACGGAUGGCGGAAUCGGUGUUGUGAUAGUCCCCAGUCUAGUGGCAGCUAUGUUGUGGGCCUCAUUGUAUAUACGUGGAUUGGGACUCGUCGGCAGAUGUUUCUGUGAGAGGAUAUAUUUGUCUGAGGGUGGGAAAGAAGUCGGGCAUUCCCAUUUGAUACGGUGUCCAUGUG